UGUUCUACAACAUAGAUUCUCCCCUCCAUCACUGGUGACAAAUAGCAGUGCAUGGGAUACAAUGGAACUGAAUGAACACCACCAUGUGGCCUAGGGAUUCAUCAGUCUUUUCAUUUGUUAUUUACUUGGCUUUUAUUAUUUCUGCUAACGGCUGUUUGCUCUGCUCGGAAGAAGACCGCAUAUAUAUGAAAUAUGAUCUCCAAUUCAUGUAUCACAAAUAUUUAACGGGAAAAACAAAUAUCAAAGAAGUUGUAGAAAAAACGUAUCAUUUAUUUUUCAACCAGGAACUCACUAAGAAUAAUCCAAAAAUUACAUUUGUUGAUCGAGCAGCGAUUCAGAAAGUGAAUGCAAACAUUGCAGUGAAAAUAAGGCUGUUACUUGAGAAAUAUAAAGAUAUUGAAAAUUCUGUGUUCUGGGAGCAGCUGGAUGACGAAAAGGAUGACAUCACCAGAACCUUUCUGAAUAGGUCUAAGGCCAUACCACUGCUUGUAUGUAACCGCUGCGAAAUGGAAUCAUAUGAGAUUGUCAACUGUCAGACCUGCCAGAUAUAUAACAUGAAGUGUAAUGACCCGAUCAUCUGUGAAAGAACUAAUUGGAUCCUGACUGUAGCAUCAAUAAUUGGAGGCAUAGUUCUUUUCCUCGCUAUUGGUGGAGGAUUUCUUUACUGGAAGGAAAGAAAAUCACAACUUGAUAGCAUCUCUGAAAAUGAAUUACCUCAAAAAGAAGUUAAUUCUGAAGAAGCAGCAGAUGACUCUGCAGAAGAAGAAGCUGACUCUGCAGAAGAAGAAAGCCAAAUGCCCUUACUAGUAGAACAUCGCAGAAAGGGUAUCUGACUUUGUAUUAAAGAACACAAUCAAAAA